GCUUCCAUGAAAGUCAUUUUUGCAUGAUUAGUACCACAACGAACCUUUAAUCCGUAUCUGCACUCCCGCAGCAGGCAAAGUGAACGAGUCGUUAGUGCAGUGUAAUACGUAUCGAACGCAUCCGAAACCGUGUUGCUAGUGUGUGUCUUUCCCGUGCGUGCGCAUCCCGUGCAUGGUGCGUGUGUGUCUUCCCUUGUGUGUAUGUGUUUCAAUGUGUGUAUUUUCCUGUGUGUGUACCCUGUGCGAGAGUGGUAUUUAAUGUAUUUUUUUGUUUUGUUUUUGACUCUCCCUACUUCGUUACAAACGCCAACAAUUAUCAACGGUGCAAGGAUUAGAGUUGCAUGUGGAGGUUGGGAAUGCGUGGGUAGUUGUGGGAAGAAAUGAGUGUAAACCUAUGUGUCUGUCAGUCGGUGAUUUGCUAGCAGCAGCGCACUGUGUAAGCGCACUGUGAAGAGCGUGCGAGUGGUGUAGUUCAUUCCCCACCAGUAUAAAGUGUACCGGCAGCAAAAAAAGGAACCAAACGACACCCGGUACUCGGUACGACUCGGAACGACUCCGGCAAGCAAACCGUGAUCCAACUUAACAAAGAAUAACAAACGGACAACGGUUUGCUGCUCCAAAACACAGCCCCAAACAGCCAUUAGCUAUCCCUUCAACCAGCCACGGAAAGCCUCUUUUCGGCGUGCAAACGGGAAAACGGAAAAAUUGUUAACGAGCAAUCGACAAGUGGAAUCGAUAGCUUGCAGACCUGAUAGAAGGUGACCAGCAAGAGAAGCAGACCAAACUCUUCACUGUUCGAUCGAUACAUACUGCUCCCGGGUGGAAAGGAUUCCACAUUUUCCUUCCACAACACAAACACACACACGAAGCUUCCAAACGUGCGCUGAGAGCUGGUGCUCAAUUCAUCAUCGUGUGACCAUCACCAUUUUCGAGUCACUCCCCAUCACGCCAGGAAGCUGAAUGGGACGCCCAACAGCUAGUCGCGAGCGAACCUCCUGCACCGGGCAGGCGUACCAGCCCCAGAACGGUAAUUGAGUUCGGACGGCGGUGAAGGCGGUGCACGAGCCAAGGGACACGGGACAGCCGUGCUGCUAGCAGCUUCCUAUUUUGCGCGAAAAUCAAAGCCCGACAAUCAGCCACCCCACACGACUGUUCGAUGCUGGGAGAGUUUCAUCGGAUAUUUGAGAAGACUGCCAUCAACGAUGACACAGUGAACUCUUUGCUGCGCCUGGUUGGAAUGCAGUUGAACGGCACGGCCGGCACCGUCACAAUGGCCGCCGCAUCGGAACCGCCCGAGCCGCCGCCGCGAAACCCGGACAAGAUCAACGCAUCGCUCAAGCAGCUCGCCGAAUCGAAAACACGCUCCCUGGACGCCGCCGACAAAGCCGGAGCGCCGAGCACGACCACGAACGGUGGCCGCCCCUUUCGACCGAUCCUAUCGCUGGACAAUGCAAAACCUUCCACCAAAACGUUCGACAUACCGGAACGUGGCACGCCCACGUCCGCACCGGCCACCGCUUUCGGCACCGACCACCAGCCGGGCGCACCGGAACCCGGUGCCAGCACGAGUGGCAACAGCAGCAGCAGUGCGGCCGGCACCACCCAACGACAAUCGAACCAACCGACUCUAUCCGGCUCAUCGUCAUCCUCCUCCUCGGGCGAGGCAGCAACGGCCAAUGGGACGGCAACGGCCAGCGAAACCGCCGUCCCGAAUGCGUCAUCAGCGAGCACCACCACCAGCCCGCAGGACAAAGCGUCCGGUCAGGCGAAGCAAAUCAGCCCCACGCUUGCCGCUAGCGAGCCCGGUGGUGAUAAUCUGUUCAAGAAUGGUGUCAGCGAUCUAGAAUCGCCACAAACGACCAAAAUUCGGCUGGAGAACGAGCGGCUGUCGGCCGAGAUUACGCGGCUGAAACGACUGUUGGAAAACUCACCGGACGGUGCGGUCGGUGGAAUUGAUCUGCUUUCGCAGAGCAACAGCUUCGAGGUGCACGCGGCCGACGACAGUAGCAACCGGAUGGAGAAGCUGGAGAACGAGCUGCGAAUAUCCAAGGAGCUGAUUCAAAGUUUAAAGCUCGAGCGCAAAAAGCUCCGCGCGGACAAGAACGAUCUGCUGUCGCAGGUCAAGCAGCUCUGCUCCUCGCUGCAGGACAAGGAGCAGGAGCUGCGCAACUUCAUCCGCAACUACGAGCAGCGGAUACGCGAGUCCGAGUCCAACUCUGCCAAACAAAGCACGGAGCGGGAGCGGGAAAGAUGGUCCCUGCUGAAGCACGCCCGCGACGAAGCGGAACGGUCGAUCGCCCUCGCGGCACAGCUGAACGCACGCGACCUGCAGCUGCAGCGCACGCAGGAGCAGCUGCAGGAAGCGCGCCGCCAGCUGUCCGGCUGCAUGUCCGACCAGGAAAGCUUGGUGUCGGCGGCCCCGCUAACACCGCCCUCCGGCCUGAUGGCACACAAUGCGGUGGCACCGGCUUCAACACCGGGCGUCGGGUACAGCAACAUCAGCGGGACACCGGGGGACCGUGGCUCGUGCAGUGCCGAUUCCGGCGUGAGAGACUUUGUUGCAGGGAGUAGCGACCGCGAGAGUGCCGCCGGAGAUCUCAAUCUGAGCGAUGGGCCGUGCGAGAACGGACCGUGUAUACAGGUGGAUUCCGACAGUGUUUCGCUCGUGUCCAGCCAUCACAACGUGUAUCAGUAUGGAACGCCCAAAGAACGAAGCCCUACCCUGUCGCCCCUGAACGCCGGCGCCUACUCGAGGUCGGUUGACAGUGCAGCCCUUUCGAGCUCUUACAGAUCGGUCGAACAGCUCGGCUCACCGGUAGACAAUGAGAAUCAAACGUUCGCCCGCCGGCUUCAGCAGCAGCAGUCAGCGUCCGGAGCGGUGCCCGCUGCCUCCGGCAAGGCGCAAAACACCGGACUGACGGGACGGACCGGUCGCGGUGGUACGUGGGGCAGCAUAUCGCGCGUCUUCGCCCGCAGCCGCAACCGCAACAAGAACGCACCGAUCGACACCGAGGCCACCGACUUCCAGUGGAGCCCGCUGACGGAGGAAGGGUACGCGGAGAAGCUGCGCCUGCUGCGGGAAGCCUCCUCCAUGCCGAUGGAGCGUUGGCGAGCGUCGCAGGUGCUCGCCUGGCUGGAGGUGGCGCUCGGUAUGCCCCAGUACAGUGGGCGCUGCGCGGAGAACGUGAAGAGUGGCAAGGUGUUGCUGGAGCUGAGCGAUGCCGAGCUGGAGACGGGCCUGGGCACAACACACCCGAUGCACAGGAAAAAGCUCCGCCUGGCGAUUGAGGAGCAACGGCGACCGGAGCUGGUACGCUAUCCUACGAUCGGGCAGCUCGGGCACACCUGGGUUGCCUCCGAAUGGCUACCAGACAUUGGACUGCCACAGUACGGGGAGUCGUUCAUGCACUCCCUGGUGGAUGCUCGCAUGCUCGACACACUGUCCAAGAAGGAGCUGGAGAAGUAUCUCGGCGUUACCAGGAAGUUCCACCAGGCGAGCAUAGUGCACGGUAUUCAUGUGCUGCGCAUCAUGAAGUACGACCGGCAGGCGAUUGCGAUGCGGCGCCUACAGUCGGAGAACGUCGACACCGACCCGAUCGUGUGGACCAACCAGCGCUUUAUCCGCUGGGCACGCUCGAUUGAUUUGGGCGAGUAUGCGGACAAUUUGAAAGACAGCGGCGUUCACGGUGGGCUGGUCGUGCUGGAACCGUCCUUCUCCGGGGACACGAUGGCGACGGCGCUUGGCAUUCCACCCUCGAAGAACAUCAUCCGGCGCCAUCUGGCAACCGAAUUUGAGGCACUCAUCCUACCGGCAAGAACGACCAUGGGACAAGGGAUACGAACGGGCGGCGGUGCGGUCAUUCCGAUCGCGAGCGGAAUUGGCAUGAUGGCGGGAGCAGCGGCUAGCGAUCGUCGGAAUACUGGCAGCUUGCGCUUUGCCGCCUGGAAAGGAUCACAGGGUUCGCUAACGAAAGCGUUCCGGAUGAGCUCGAACUACAAGCCACGCGGCGGCAACAGUGCUGGCGGUGGUAGCGGUGCCGGCUCGGACAAGAACAGCGUGUACAGCUCCACCUCGCCGACACCAUCGUUCAGCAGCAGUGAGGGUGGCAUCUACGCCACCGUCGGAUCGCUCCAGAGCCAUCCGGCAUUCUUCCACCAUCUGCCACCGCCAACGUCGGCUCCACCGCCGAUACCGCACGGUACCGGGCCGGCGGGUGGGUUAAGAUCGAUCGACCCGAUGCUGGUUGGACCGGGCGGCACCGCAACAGCAGCAACCAUCGCCAACAAUCGGGUCAGUGCACCGCCGAUGGACAGCGGUCAUGCGACACUGCCAAAGUAUGCGCAGCAUCGGCGAGUCAAGAGCAUAAGCGACAUUGAGAUUCCUUCCGUCGGACCGGUGGGAUAGGAUAGGGUGUACCGUUGGAAUUAGUAAUGAAUCAGUACGGGCAGCAGCGUCAUAUUUAUCUUUGUUUUAUGCUCCUCUCAAAUCAACCAAACAUUCCAGCAUUAUUUAAUAAAUAUUAGCUAUUUAAAUAUGAUGAAUAAAUGAAAGUACAGGGGAAAAGUCACACACACACUCACGAUCCUUGCCAGAAAUGGAAAUAGGGUGCCAGUAAUACUAAAGAGGUACUGAAAAUUCGAUUGAAAAGCUGACCACACAAAACUCGCCAAAAAGGGAGUGUGUGCAGGUGCAGGCAGAACCGCGGUGGUUUUGUGGACUUUCGUUACUGGUCAAACGCAUCAUCCGGUGCAGCAUUUGUGGUUAACCGCAUCUGCCCAUCAACCGUUUUGCGGACGUCACCCAACGGCAAGUCCCUGGCACACCAUCGGCGACUGAGAUUUACACCAUUUUUUGUGUGUUUGUUUUAUGUCCUUUUGCCUUCCCUUGGCAAGGGAUGUGAUGGGUUUGCACAUUAAAUUCAAUGCUUUGUUCAUAAUUUUUAUUUCAUUUUGUUGAUUUAUCAUACACAUUAUGAUACUGUUCGCAAUAUUUAGUUUAUUUAAUAAUUUAAUUAACCUUUCCUGUCUCCAAGUAGCACUCAACGCGCAAAAUUGAUAUCGAGAAAUUCGACUCUACCGUACUCAUUGCCUUAACGCUGCAUUGGCUUCCGUAACCACUCCAAACAUUCGUUCCAUCAAUAAUUCUACAUUCCAUUCGCAAAUUGGCAGCGAUUCGUGGUACGGAUCCUUGCCGAAAGAUAUUUGAAAUUGAGCUCGCAUAUCCCGGAGGCCGCUGCAUCCAGAGUGCAGGUUGCGUCAUUAAUAAACUGCAGGCACUAAUUAGAUCGGCUUGCGUUAAUUUGAAUUUACUGCGCUCGAAUCGAUUGCGGUUUUGCGUUUCGUCCCGGAGGCUGAUUCCUCUGUCUGUCUGUGAGUGUGAGAGUGCAUUGCCAUAUGUCGAUAUCACUAACGAUACGCGAUGUUAUCGGAGCGAGCAAUGUGUUUGACUUCGUUCCACCAAAAACCAAUCGCAACAUCAUUUUACCUACCAGUAGGAUACGUUUGUUUGUUUAUUUUUUGUAAUUAAAUUGGUGCUCUUUAUAUUAAGCUACCGACUCCUACUACAACUGCACCCUCCCCUUCUCAUGGCCGACACAAUGUGCAAUCAAAUCGGUGUAAGUGCAAACAAGCAAACGCAGAGGAUGCUGAAAAAUGUUCUCUUGUAUUUAGCUACAACUCUUCCGUUUCUUCCCUGAAUAACAUUUAAGCUUAUUAUACAUUUUCAAUGCAUUCUUUCAUUCAUGCCUCCCCUAAUUGGAACCCAUUAGAUUUGAUUGGCAUAGUGCGUAUGUGGGACGCGUUAAUGGACGCUCGUGUCAUCAUCAUUAGUGUGGUAAAGCGUCAGCAAAUCGGUUUAAAUGUAUUCCAUUCGUUCGAACGUAUUCGUAAUUUGUCCGUUCAACAUAUCAUCAAUAGAACGCGAAUUACUGUGUAAUGCCUUUCGAAAGCAUGCACAUGCAAAUUAAAACACAUUCAUUUUCGAGCGUAAAAAGAUGGAUAGGAUCGAUCCGACAAAGUUGUAAAAGUGGAGGAGCAAAAUUCAAACUUUCUGCGAAUCAAAACAUAACCCGCAGCCUCUGGGCCUUUUCCGUUUUGCUAACAUAUUUUAGGUUAUUUAUAUUAUUUAGGAAACAGCAGUAAGCGAGCGCGAUAAUCAAUAUUAUGACCCGAGAUAUACUAUUGAUAGCGAUUUGAUGAUACGUGUAAAGUGCUAUUUAUUCAUUCGACUACUGCCAUGCUCCGGAAACGUAAGCGAAAGUAAAACGGAUAAAACAAAGGGUUUGACAAUUAGGUUCUAAGAUUGUUUGGCGUAGCAUAAAACAAAGCUCAAAAAGAAAGAAAUGAUUAGCGAUUAGGAAACGCAACCGUUGCGUGAGAAAAUUAUUCAAAAUUUACCAGAGAGAAAGAGAGAGGCGGUAGGAUGGCAAGUAACACAAUCGAUGACCAAAGUUGCUGUAUUUAUUGAAGAACUAUAUUUUCAAACCUCUAUAUUGAAAUUAUCUUAUCAUCAUACAACACACAUAACCUUAAACGAAUUACGAGACGAAAUGCAAAUAAAACAGGUUGAAAUUAAACCAUUCAA